AUGGAUGCGGCUAGGGAUUCCGAGGCGGUGGAUGAAGAGCCACCACGGGUGGCGGAGGAGGAGCGACAGGAGCAAGGAGAGGAAGAAGAUUGUGAAAAUCAGAUUUUGAUAGCCAAGGAGCAGUCGUUAAUUGAAAAGAUCACUUCGAACCCGGAGAAUCCUAACCCCAAUGCCCUCCAUGCUCUCUCCACUAUUCUUGAGGCUCAGGAAUCCAGGUUAAUUCGUUUACGUAAAAUAGAAAUGGAUGCGGCUAGGGAUUCCGAGGCGGUGGAUGAAGAGCCACCACGGGUGGCGGAGGAGGAGCGACAGGAGCAAGGAGAGGAAGAAGAUUGUGAAAAUCAGAUUUUGAUAGCCAAGGCGCAGUCGUUAAUUGAAAAGAUCACUUCGAACCCGGAGAAUCCUAACCCCAAUGCCCUCCAUGCUCUCUCCACUAUUCUUGAGGCUCAGGAAUCCAGGUAUAUGGAAGAGACCGGUCACUCAUCAACUAACAAUGGCCGGUCUUCUCAUAAUGUUGGGCGUCUGGGGGACGUUAUCCGGGAUAAUGAUGAAUUCUUUGAUUUGAUAUCUUCGAAAUUUCUAUCUGAAACUACAUAUUCAGUGCCAGUACAGGCAGCUGCCAUGAGGCUUCUUUUUGACUGUUCACUCUCUUCGAAGUAUCCACAUGUAUUUGAAGAAGAUGUUUUAGAUAAUAUAAAAGGAUGGGUGAUGGAUGAGACACCCAGGAUAUCUGUUGAUGAUCAAAAUUGGAAGCAUGAAUCAAGGAAGAGGAAGACCUUGGACUCUGAAAUGUUACACACGUACUCUACUGGUCUUCUUGCAGUAUGUUUGGCUAGUGGUGGUCAAAUAGUGGAAGAUGUGUUAACAUCUGGAUUGCCAGCCAAGCUUAUGCGAUAUCUUCGUAUACGCGUUUUGGGUGAGAUAAGCACAGGUCAAAAGGAUGCAAAUUCAUUGAUCGAGCACAGAAGUGCGGCAACUGUGAUCUGUGCUAAAUCAAAAGAGGAAGUUAGGGGUAGGUUGCGGCAAGUUCCAGACAGUUCUCACGUGGAUGUCCUUAGAGUACAGGAUGAUGGACCGUUAGAUGGUGCUGAUUGGGAUCAUGCCAGGAGCAGAGCGCAAGCAGCUGGAGAUGAACGAUGGGUUGAUGAAGAACCACCAGAUAGAAUAAUGGCUGUUGAGGUUGAUGACUAUGAAGCAGAAGCAGGUGGUGAGGAAAAAUGGCAUAUCAGAGAUUUAUGUGAAGCUAAAACAAAACAUGGUGGCAAAUACCACAGGGAAGAAGAUUUUGAUGAAAACCCGAGAGAUGACUCUUCCAGAAGCAGGUUAAAUCGUGGAUUGACCAGAUCAAGAGGAAGGGGCACGGUCAAUGAAGGAGUAUUAGAUAAUGAACAAUUGGCCUCUCCAGUUUCUGGCAGUAGAUCAGGACAUGGCCGGAGCGGGAAGGACCGGAGCCUGACAAGAAGCCAGGAUUUGAGAAGGACUUCAGAUGCCAAGAAGGGCUUAGGAAGGAACAAUGCUGAUGCUUUUGUCCUGGAAAGAGAUGAUGAUGAUGAUUGCUUCAAAGAUUGCAAAGUUGGCUCCAAGGACAUUGCUGAUGUGGUCAAGAAAGCUGUCAGAGCUGCUGAAGCUGAAGCCAGAGCAGCUUAUGCUCCAGCAGAAGCCAUAAAAGCAGCCGGUGAUGCUGCUGCCGAAGUGGUUAAGAGUUCUGCUUUAGAGGAGUUUAAGAAAACAAACAGUGAUGAAGCUGCGAUGAUGGCAGCUUCAAGAGUGGCAUUAACGGUUAUAGAUGCUGCUAAUGCAGUUGCAGUAUCAAGGGGCUCAAGUAGCAUGAAUGAUGAUUCAGGGAAUUCAAAACCAACUGAACCAGAACCUAUUGAAGAUAUUGGCGAAUUCUUCAUUCUUGAUAGGGAAUCCCUUGGAAAGCUGAAGGAAAAACUUUGUAUACAGUGCCUUGUUAUUUUAGGGGAGUAUGUUGAGGUUCUUGGUCCUGUGUUGCAUGAAAAGGGGGUGGAUGUCUGUCUUGCACUAUUGCAGCGAAGUUUUAAGCAUAAAGAUGCUUCUAACCGUGCACUACUUUUGUCCGAUAUUCUUAAAUUAAUCUGUGCAUUGGCUGCUCAUCGGAAAUUUGCUGCGUUGUUUGUGGAUCGUGGUGGCAUGCAAAAGUUGCUUUCUGUCCCUAGAGUCGCACAAACAUUUUUUGGUCUGUCUUCCUGCUUAUUUACAAUUGGUUCAAUUCAGGGGAUAAUGGAGCGUGUAUGUGCCCUUCCUUCAAAUGUUGUCCACCAGUUUGUGGAGUUGGCUCUUCAACUUCUGGAGUGUCCUCAGGAUCAUGCUAGGAAAAAUGCUGCAUUAUUUUUUGCUGCUGCUUUUGUCUUCAGAGCAGUCGUCGAUGCAUUUGAUGCACAGGAUGGUUUGCUGAAACUCCUUGAUCUUUUGCGCAUUGCUGCCUCAGUGAGAUCUGGGGUGCCUUCUGGGACAUUAAAUAACUCAGGAUCUCUUCGAAAUGACCGAUCCCCUGCAGAGGUAUUGACUUCUUCUGAGAAGCAGAUAGCUUACCAUACUUGUGUUGCACUGCGGCAAUAUUUCAGAGCACACCUUCUCUUGCUUGUGGAUUCAAUUCGUCCCAAUAAAAUCAUCCGCAGUGCAACUCGUAAUAUUUCAAGUGCUCGGGCAGCCUACAAGCCACUCGACAUAAGUAAUGAGGCUAUGGAUGCAGUAUUUCGUCAAGUACAGAGGGAUCGGAAACUUGGUCCUGCAUUUGUGAGGGCUCGUUGGCCUGUUGUUGACAAGUUCUUAAGUUGUAAUGGUCAUGUUACCAUGUUGGACCUAUGUCAGGCGCCACCCGUUGAACGUUAUUUGCAUGAUUUGCUUCAAUAUGCGCUGGGUAUAUUGCGUAUUGUCACUUUAAUACCUUAUAGCCGCAAACUUAUUGUUAAUGCCACAUUAAGCAAUGAUCGUGUUGGUAUAGCUGUAAUUUUGGAUGCAGCAAAUGGUGCUGGUUAUGUUGAACCUGAGAUUGUUGAACCAGGGCUGCAUGUUUUGAUAAAUCUUGUUUGCCCCCCACCAUCUAUCAGCAACAAACCAAGUGUCUUCACUCAAGGACCGCAAAAUUCUUCAACUCAGAGUGCAAAUGGUCCCGCUAUAGAGCAGAAUAAUCCGGAGCGAGCAGUUAACGUUCCAGGCCAGAAUGAACCUAGAGAGCGAAAUGAAGUACCUGCUUUGACGGAUCGAGGUGGUUCCUCAAUAGUUUCCUCAUCUUCUGUGGGUAAUACUUCACAAUCACCUGCUUCUGCAGUAGCUUCUGGAUUAGUGGGAGAUCGUAGAAUAUCCUUGGGUGGUGGAGCUGGUUGUGCUGGCCUUGCUGCACAGCUAGAACAAGGAUAUCGUCAAGCGAGAGAAGCUGUUCGUGCAAAUAACGGCAUCAAGGUUCUUCUUCAUCUCCUCCAACCCCGGAUGGUUACAUCUCCUGCUGCUCUUGACUGUCUUCGUGCUCUCACAUGUCAGGUUCUUCUUGGUUUAGCCAGAGAUGAGUCAAUUGCUCACAUAUUAACGAAGCUUCAGGUGGGGAAAAAGCUAUCAGAACUUAUUCGAGAUUCUGGCAGCCAGACCGCUGGCAAUGAGCAGAACAGAUGGCAGGCAGAGCUUGUGCAAGUGACUAUUGAGCUAAUUGGGGUUGUGACUAAUUCUGGACAUGCAAGUACUUUAGCAGCUAGUGAUGCUACUACCCCGACUUUGAGACGUAUUGAAAGAGCUGCUAUAGCUGCAGCUACUCCUAUCACAUAUGAUUCAAGGGAACUUCUUCUUCUUAUCCAUGAGCACCUACGCACAUCAGGUUUGGCAGAAAGUGCAGCUAAACUUCUGAAAGAGGCUCAGUUGACACCUUUGCCAUCUUUAGCAACAUCGGGAGCACAUCAAGCUUCUGUACAGGAAGCUUCGUCAAUACAAAUUCAAUGGCCAUCUGGAAGAGCUCCUCGUGGAUUCCUGUCAGAUAAACCGAACAUUUCUUCUCAUGAGGAGGAUUCCAGCUUGAUAUGUCACUCAGCUGCCUCCUCAUUGAAGAAGAAACCACUGAUAUUUUCAAGUUUGCGAGAAUUCUCAAAAACUCAAGGUAAACUGGAGGAGUUGCCCGUACCAUCAAACAGUAAGUUUAAUACCUCAUCAAGAAGAUCUGCUGGACAUGGUGACACAGCAGAAACUUCUUCAGUAUCUGCUUUGAAAUCUGGUGGGGAUGUGGAUGCUCAAAUUAGAACUCCAAUUGUGCUGCCAAUGAAACGUAAAUUGACUGAGUUGAAGGAAACUGGGUUUGCAUCACUAGGGAAACGACUUAGCACUGGUGAGCACACACUUAGAUCUCCUGUUUUUCCAACACCUAAUACUGUCCAUAGAAAUGGUGUUCAAUUAGAUGCAAAUGCAUUCUGCAAACCAAGUUCUAUGCCGAAGGAUCAUCAUGGCCGAUUGCUAACACGUACAUUGCUGGCUGAUGCGGAUGAAAACCAGUAUGCCAGUGCUCGGAUGGGUCAAGAAUCUUACUCUCAUCAUGGACUUCUGAAGGAUCCACAACCUUCUGGCUCAGAGCGGUUGACCUUGGAUUCUCUUGUCGUUCAGUAUCUGAAACACCAGCAUCGUCAAUGCCCAGCUCCCAUCACAACUUUACCUCCACUUUCUCUCUUUCAUCCACACAUUUGUCCAGAAUCAAGACGAAGCCAUGAUGUUCCUUCAAAUGUGACUGCCCGGCUUACCACACGGGAAUUUAGAAGUAUGUAUGGUGGAAUCCAUGGAAGAUGCAAGGAUCGUCAAUUUGUAUAUAGUAGAUUCAGACCAUGGCGAACCUGCCGAGAUGAUGUCGGUGACCUUUUAAUUUGUAUAACUUUCAUUGGAGAUUCUUCUCAGAUUGCUGUUGGCAACCACUCGGGGGAACUGAGAGUUUUUGACUCGAACAGCAAUAGUGUGGUGGAGAGUUGUGAUAGUCAUCAGUCUCCUUUGACACUUCUGCAGUCACAUUUUUCUGGCGAAAAUCAGCUGGUUCUCUCUUCAAGUGCAAAUGAUGUGCUCUUAUGGGACGCGUCUUCCAUUUCAGCUGGUCCCAGGCAUUCAUUCGAAGGAUGUAAAGCAGCAAGGUUCAGCCAUUCAGAUACAUCUAGCGGCCCUUACGGUCGUGGGCAUCCAUAUUCCCUUGUUCAUUUCAGCCCAUCAGACUCUAUGCUACUUUGGAAUGGGGUCUUAUGGGAUCAUCGCAGUUCGAGCCCAAUUCGUCGCUUUGAUCAAUUUACAGACUAUGGAGGUGGUGGAUUUCAUCCUGCUGGAAACGAGGUUAUUAUAAACUCAGAGGUCUGGGAUCUCAGAAACUUUAGGCUUCUACGAAGUGUGCCAUCCUUGGAUCAAACAGUGAUAACAUUUAAUGCAAGUGGCGAUGUAAUAUAUGCAAUCCUCAGGAGAAAUCUCGAGGACGUCACUUCAGCAUUUAACACUCGUCGAGUAAAGCACCCUCUAUUUGCUGCUUUUCGCACUGUGGAUGCUGUCAAUUACUGUGACAUUGCCACAAUUCCCGUGGACCGCUGUGUUCUUGACUUCGCGACUGAGCCCACUGAUUCUUUUGUUGGCCUUAUUGCAAUGGAUGAUAAAGAUGAGAUGUAUUCUUCAGCUCGGGUGUAUGAAAUUGGUCGACGGAAGCCAACAGACGAUGAUUCUGAUCCUGAUGACGCCGAGAGUGAAGAAGACAAAGAUGAUGACGGCGAUGAUGAUUCAAUCAUGGAACCAGAUAUUGAUGAGGAUGGCGAUAGUGAUGCCAACGACAUCAGCAAUGAUGAUGACAGUGUGGGCGAGUUCGAUGAUGAUGAGGAAGAUGGGGAUUUCAUAAUGGAUGGCAUUGACUUUGGUGGUGGUGGAAUACUUGAGAUUUUGACAGAAGGUGAUGAAAACGAUGACAUCGAUGUGGUCGAAUCAUUUAGCAGUGGGGAUGAAGACUUUGACAGUUGA